AUGUUGGAUGCUCUAUUUAAUUUCGAUCUCUUCACGUUAGCCUUUGUUAUAUUAGGCUUAUUGUUUCUUCUGAAGCUUGUGUAUGUUCCAAACAACGGUCCUCCGGGACCUCGUGGAUAUCCACUUGUGGGAAAUUUCCCACUCUUUUUGUCUGGAAGCAAAACAAAAUUAUUUGAACAGUUACGACAGUGUUACGGUGACGUAUUCAGUCUACAAUUAGGUAGCAAACGAAUGGUGGUAAUCAAUGGCUAUGAGACCUUGAAGGAAGCGUUUGUGAAACGAGCUGAUGUCUUUUCUGACCGACCAGUAGAUGAUCUCAUUUCUAAAAGAUCCCAUAAUUGCAAAGGUAUUGUUCGUAGUUCUGGGAAUCUUUGGAAACAAACCCGAGCCUUUUCAUUGCAAGCUUUGAGAGAGUUUGGAUUUGGAAAGAGGUCCUUAGAAACCAAAAUUCUUGAGGAAGUGUCCGUUUUUCUAGACAUCAUUGGAGGAAAGUGUGGAGAUGCUUUUUCUCUAGGAAAAAUCGCACAGAUCAGCGUAUCUAACAUCAUUUGCAGCAUUUCGUUUGGCGAAAGAUAUGCACAUGAAGACAAGACGUUCAAGGAGCUGAUGUUAAUGAUUGACGACCAUGUAAUGUUGCUUACGAAAAGUGCCAUUACAAAUUUCUUUCCGGUGCUCAGAUAUCUCCCUGGCGAUGUGACUCAUAUAGAAGAGAUGAGUAGAAAUUAUGAUAAUAUAAAGAGCGCCAUGCAACAGCAGAUUGACAGACAUCGAGCUACUUUUCAAAGCGGUAACAUCAGAGAUCUCAUCGACGCAUUCAUAGAAGAAGAAAUCAAAAGAGGCAAAAAUGAGUAUUUAGAAGAUGCGAAUUUGCUAAUUGUAUUGUCCAAUUUGUUCGUUGCUGGAACUGAAACUACAGCUACAACCAUCAAAUGGGCGAUUUUGUUUCUCCUUCACAACGCAUGCGUGCAGAAAAAACUACGGGAUGAGAUUACCGAGGUUAUAGGAUCCUCACGACUUCCGUCUAUGACUGAUAAACCAAAAAUGGUGUACACUGAUGCAUUUAUUCAUGAGACAUUGCGUAUGGGAAAUUUAGUUCCGUUGUCCCUGUUACAUGGAGUCAAACACGACACAGAUUUCAAAGGAUACAAAAUACGUAAGGACGAUUUGGUAGUUCCGAACCUCGAUUCCGCUUUAUUUGACGAGACCUUGUUUACCGAUCCCCAUACCUUUAACCCAGAAAGAUUCAUCGGCGAAGACGGCCAGCUUAAUGGAAAAGAGCGCACAGUUCUUGCAUUUUCUCUAGGAAGAAGAGUAUGCUUUGGGGAAAGCCUAGCAAGGAUGGAACUCUUCUUAUUUCUGACAUCACUGAUACAACGAUUCAAACUUCUUCCUGCAGACGAUGAAAACUUACCAACACUUGAACCGAUAUCAGGUGUAGUAAAUUAUCCACAAGAUUUCAAAAUUAAGGCAGUCAAGAUCACCUAA